AUGGAGCAGGGCAUCACUGCCGUGUUGACUGCAACAGUAUGCAAUUGCCAUCCCAGCCCCACCCUUACCGUUGUAAAUAAUCUAUGGGACAAAAGUCAACUCACGCUUGUCUCAAGAGGCCGUGUGGUGUCCAGUGCAACAAGUCAAAACACUGCAUUGAGCAAAAUCGGGGUCGCAGUGGGCAGGCACUGGAGCAACAGCUGUUUUUGGAUCUGCUCUGUGUUUGGGAAUGACUCCAGAGUCCAAACUACCCACGUCCAGCUGUGGGCACCUGGCAAGAGCAAGCCACUUUACCCUAGUUGGCUCCCAUGCCCAGCCUGCACAUACCCAAUCAGCAAAUGGGAUCGCGCCUGA